AUGAGCCUACAGACUGUCGAACUGCCGAGCGUGGGCAUCUCCAUCAAAAACGAGGGAAUCGCCAUUCUGGAACUGAACAGGCCAAGGAAGAGGAAUGCACUAUCACAAGCUUUGAUAGAUGAACUCGUAACAGCUCUGCGCCAAUUCGACCAUGAUCCAAUAGUAUUCGCCGUGAUCUUGACCAGCUCUGGACCGUUUAGUGCUGGGGCAGACUUGAAUGAGCUUGCCACUCUUACAACAGCUGAGGCGACCCGGUUAGGCUGGCUCAAGGAUCUGAACGACGCAUUUUCAAGCUUUCGAAAGCCCGUCCUGGCUGCAGUAAGAGGGUUUGCACUUGGUGGUGGUUUUGAGCUCGCACUUAUGUGUGACAUGAUCUUCGCAUCGGCGGACGCCCAGUUUGGCUUUCCAGAGAUUACUUUGGGUACGAUACCCGGAGCCGGAGGGACACAGAGGCUCACCAAAACAGUGGGGAAGCAGAAGGCAAUGGAACUUAUAUUAACUGGUGCAACCACCUCGGCAGCUGAGAUGGAACGUCUCGGCGUUGUGAAUCGAGUCGUGUCGAGCGAAGAAGAUGUGUUAGAGGUGGCAACAAGAACGGCACGGACUAUUGCUUCCUUUUCUGCACCAGCAAUUGGGCUAGCUAAGCAAGCUAUUCUAGCAGCUGAGACGACGACUUUGGGGGCAGGUUUGGAGAUUGAGCGUGCGUUGUACUACAGCAGUUUUUCGCUGGAAGAUUGCCGGGAAGGUGUUUCGGCUUUCAGGGAAAAACGAAAAGCUUGCGUCCAGCAUCGUUGA